UUCCAGGCCAGAUCAAGAAUCAGUAUGUGAUUGGAUAUUUCAUGUGGCGUGUCAUGACAGGAAGACACCAGGAGAUCGAAUACCAUAUGCAGAUUCCUGGCCAUACACGCUGCCUUGUUGACAGUGGAUUUGCUUCUUUAAAGAAGCUUUACCGGCGCACCGAUUGUGAUUCCCUUGUUCAGUUGCAACACGUUGUUGAUAUGUCGUCUGCGUCAAAUGAAGCUGUUCGAUAUCCUGCUUGGCAAUGGCGUGACUGGAAAUCGUUCUUGGGACCUGUUAUUAAACCAAUGCGUGGGAUAAGGAAGUACCAGUACUUCAAGAUGUCUUCUGACAAACCUGGUGUAGUAACUGUGAAAGAGAACAGAGACACAGAUGAAACGACUGUAAACGUGCUGCGGUCUCAGGAUCGUGUAUUUCCAGCAGACGACUUACCAACAGUUAUCCCUGCCCAUGGACUUACACGAGAACGCCAGGAUUACCGUUAUAAGGCCGUCAGACCUUAUGUACGCCCAAUGCACCAGGAUAGCACGUGCCCAGCGCCUAGUGAUCAGUAGUUGUUUGACAUUUGUAGACACUUGAAUUGGAAUAUAUAUGAGCCGCGUCACGGAAAAAUGUGCCUUCGGGAAUCUUCGAGGCUUUGCGACCAGCGUGGACCCGGAUCAACAUGCGCAUCCGCGCAGUACGAUCAGGGCCAACACUGUUCGUUGUUACGUCAAAGAAGGCUUAUUCUACCUGAAGAUGCAUUUUCAGGUGUAUUAAUGGUCGGGACAGCCUAAAUAAACACUUUCCGGAACUUCACGAAGAUUCCCGAAGACACAUUUUCUCGUGUCGGGGCUCAUAUGUACUGGUACGUCUUGACUAAAACGAUUAGUAAUUAGUAAUUAUUUAAUUUUUGCUGUUAUAUUUACGUUGUUAUUAUAACAAUAUGUUUAAAUAUAAUGUUAAAUAAAUGUGAAACUAGACAGACAUUGUUUCUUGAAAGGGCAAAAUCGAUGAGACUCAAGAAUUUUAUAAACAAUUAAGUUUUACUCCCAUGUUUUGAAAUAGACUAACCCACACAUUUUUGACGAAAAUAUUUUUCUUUCAAAAAUCAGUAUGUGUUUAUUCUGAAAGUUGCUAGUGGCACAAACUAAUUGAGAUAUGAAUUUGUCAAAGAUGUCCUUAUGAAUGACAAAAUAUAUUGUGAAAACAAUAGUAAACCGUUGCAACGCUUUUCAAAUAAUGUAAACAAAUACAUUAUUUUUGUGUUUUUACGGAUAUUUACUUCUUCUUAUACAUUAUUUUUGUGUUUUUACGGAUAUUUACUUCUUCUUUUCACCAACUUUAUCAUUUUUUCAAUGUUACAUAUUCAUUUUAUUUCAAACUUGGUUAAAAUGAAUAUGUUGAAAAAAUCUUGGAAAACUGUGGGUUAGUUACUUUAAAAUCGCAAUGAUCACUAGAUCUACAUGUAUAUCAAAACGAAAGACGAAUUACCAUAUAUGUAUCUUAUACUGAAUAAGACGUUUAUUUUGACAGAAGAAAUGUUUUCUCCUAUAGUUAUAGCCUGCAGAAUAAUGUUGAAUAGUAAUUAUAACUGACACCGAGACACAUUUUAUAAAGCUCUUUACGACGUUAUCACGACGUCAUAACAGCGCAUUUUUGACGUUCCUGCGCAUAGCACCAUGUAACUUUAAAACUCUAUAAAUAAAAAACUUAUUUACAUAGAAUAAAACGGUUUUCACAGUCAUACUUGUUAAAGCUUGAUAAAUUGGAAAAUGUCAAAACCUAAAAAUCGAAAAAAAUGUCAUUAAGCCCGGUUUUGCUGGAGAACGGCUCAUAU